CUUUACCGAAAGAAGGGCGGUCCUGAUUCCGGGACGGAGCCCUAUGACGCGAGAGUGUAGACUCUUGAACUCAGGGAGCGAGACCCUAAAAAGUUCAAGAAGCUAUGAACUCGGAAAGGAAAGAUGGAAACAGGGGAGUUGGCUGAAAAAGAUGGACAGUCAGGAUUGCGUAAUAUCAAUUUAUCGGCCUCGUCAUCGAAAGCGGCUUCCAAUUGCUCGGAAAUUCUCAGCUAUAUGGGGGGCUUGGAUGGUGAGCAAAAACAAUUGAUCAAGAAGUUGGUCAACUUUCGGAUGAAAGAAGGUAAAAGAACGAGAGUUCGUGCUAUUGUUUAUCAAACUUUUCAUCACCCAGCUCGAACUGAAGGCGAUGUAAUCAAACUUAUGGUUGACGCCGUAGCGAAUAUAAAGCCCAUAUGCGAAGUGGAAAAAGUAGGAGUUGCAGGUACUAUUGUUGAUGUCCCUGGGAUUGUAGACAAGGAUCGUCAACAAACCUUAGCUAUUCGUUGGAUCCUUGAAGCAGCUUUCAAACGACGUAUAAGCUACAGGAUAAGCUUAGAGAAAUGUUCAUCUGAUGAGAUACUGGAUGCUUACCGAAAGAGGGGAAUUGCACGUAAGAAAAGGGAGAAUCUUCAUGGACUGGCUUCCACCAAUCGAAGUUUCGCGCAUUUCAGAUGGUGGUAAAGUGAGACCACAUAAAGAGCUCUUCCUCAUUCAGUCAGAUUCUUCAGUAAGAUAUGCUUUGACCUUUUUCCUUUUUGUUUGAAUCUUCAUAUAGAAAGCCGGCCUUCCUCAUACUCCUCCCCUCAUUCAUUGAGUUGGAGGAAUCCAUAGGAGGCCGGCCCGUUAUCCAUUGCAUGAAAGAACCUUUCUUUCUAUGACUUCUCUUUUGCCUCAGGUCGAAUGAAUGAAUACGAAAGGGAGAUCAAUCAAACAAAAAAAUAGGCCAUGAAUGAAGAAGUAGUGGGCCUUUAACCCUCUUUCGUCUGACUCGGGGAGCUGAUCUGAUAAAUGCACUUCAAAGGGAGGGCUUCUUGAUGUAUGCUAUAUGGCCGGGCAUAAAAGAUUUUGAAGUUAGUUAGGUCAAAAAGAAGAGGUAGAGAGAGAGAGAGAGAGAACAGAACGGAACCGAUAGCCCCGAAUUAUGUCAGGGCAAGAGAAAGAAAAGUAAGGACUCUCGUUUUACGCAUACGCAUAUAGGCUGUGAAAAAGAAGUCCAUUUGUAUAAUAGAGAAAGAGAGUGAUUCGUCUACUUUGUUAAUAAGGUAACGGAACGAAUUUCAAGUA